AUGACUUCUCAAUAUCAAUACUCACCCCUUCCAACCCCGAAGUCAAUCCGCCUCAUCCGCCUCGUCAACACCAAAGAUAAAUCCUCGCCCCUUGAAUGCGAGUUCAGAGAAACCUCUCUCGACAACCCAGUCUCAUACGCAGCCCUCUCCUAUACCUGGGGAGGCGAACCAUCGAAUAUCCCUCUAACAGUAGUAAACGCCACGGCCAUCACCAUCCCCACCACCAGCCCUCAACAGGUUCAUCAACCCUCAUUAAUGAUAACCCCAAACUGCGCCGCCGUACUCAACAUCCUACGCGGACCACGGAUCCGCGAUCUCUCGCUCUGGGUUGACGCCGUCUGCAUCAACCAGUCCUCCAACAACGAGAAGAGCGUCCAGGUGGGCAUGAUGGCGGAACUCUACCAGAAGGCGAAAUACGUCUUUGUAUGGCUGGGCAACGAGUGGGUGCCAGCUUCGGUGCUUGCGUUGUACAAAGGUGUUCCGAGGGUAAGAGACGAACAGGGACGAGCCCUAGACCCAAACCUUCUCUCCAUCCUCCAACGCGCCCCCUACUGGCUCCGCGUCUGGACCCUCCAAGAAGCAGCCUACACCAACGCCUUCAUCCUCUGCCUCGACGGCGGAGGCGAAGCCCUCUCCAACAUCCUCCAGAACUGGGGCGACGCCCACCGCACCCACCCGGGCCCGACCCAACUAGCCAUCCACAUGCGCCGGAAAAUCCUCUCCUCCCUUCCUGCGGAUGCAUCUGAUGCUGUAUCCGCCGAGGAGCAGAAGGAAGCGGCGGAGAUUGCUGCGCGCCGCGGGAAGUUGAACGUCUAUCAGCUCAGGUGGCUGCUGUACUUACAGUCCACGGAACCCCGUGACAAAAUCUACGCCCUUCGCGCCGUGUUUCCAGAGACGUUUGGAAAAGUAGGGGUGGAUUACACGGAUCCGGUAGAGAAAGUCUACCGUGAGGCGACGAGGCAGCAUAUCCUGGGGCAGGAUACUCUUACCCAUCUCCUCCUCCUUGGUGCCGAAGGAGGAGACACGUCUACAUCAACAUCAACAUCAACAUCAGCACCGAGUACUCCUUUCCCCCUGGUCCCAGACUUACCCUCCUGGGCCCUCAACUGGAGCAACCACGCCAUGGAUGGAAGAAUGCUCCUAGACGUCCCGGCGUCAUCGUCCCGCGGCGGCAGACCCUACUACAGAUUCUCACCCGACACCCGCACACUAUACCUCAAAGGCAGGAGCGUCGCGCGCGUAGGCGACCGCAUAAGCUCCAAGCUCCCUUUAUUCGACCAUUCCUUCGUCCUAGCCGACAACAAGGAAGACUUGCUCGCCUGGGUAGGCGAUGCGAGGCGUGUCUCCCAGGCUUUCCUCUCAGAUAUCCUGUCGCCACCACCGCCUACCGACGCAAGCGAAGACAAUCAAGCGGCGAAUGAAACCGCAUCCCUUACCUUUCGAAGCACCCGAGCCCUGCUUGUCAGAAUCUUGCAAGCAAACCCGCGAACAGAAACAGACGCCGCCUCCUUAUACGCCCUCCAAACCCCCUCGGCGCUAGCGGACGCAAUAGCUUCCCGGCAACCUUCGACCUGGUUGAAGAUUGGCAACAUCAACGCCGCCAUGGGCUCCGGGUGCAUGUUCCUAACCUCAGAGGGCCACUUCGGGUUCUGCGUGGCAGAGCCGGAGCCAGGUGAUUUGAUUUGCGUCUUUUCGGGGUUGGAUUUCCCAUUCGUUGUUCGGUCGAGGGGAAGCGGGUGUGUGAUCGUAGGGUAUGCCGUCGUCGAUGGGGUUAUGGACGGGGAGGUGUGGCCUGAUAGAGAGGACGAGUUGACAGAAUGGGCGUUGGUGUAG